AACUAAUGUGAAAAGAGGAGGCUUAGCCAUCCAUAAUGGCUCACAUCUUAACCAAGACACUGAUAUACCACUAAUGAGGAUGUGGGAAGGGGAUAUCAAGUCUUCUGAAGUAGUAUCAUGUUCCAUUGCUAAGUCAUGUUCCACUCUUCACAACCCCAUGGACCAUAGCAUACAACCCCCACUCAGCCACCCCUUUCUUCACUGUCUCCUGGAGCUUGCCCAAAUUAAAAAACAACAACAAGAAAGUCCAAUUGCCUCCUGAAAAAGCACCUUUGGACAACCAUGACCUGGAUGACUGAGAAUCUCUACAGACUUUUAGUUAUACAAUUUGGGGUGAACACCCUUUGAAUGGUGUGGGAGUAGGAAUGGAUUUCCAGAAGAAAAAUUGCAAACUACAGGAACCAGGAGCAGUACUCAGGUGACCCUGAGGACACAGAUAAACCUCCAAGUGCUUCAGCGACCCUCUAAAAUGAUGCAAAUGACCAGCUGUCUGCAAGGAAUAUAAAUCCUUCCAUUCCCCACUAUCCUGUCAGACUCGAAGAAGCUGCUUGGAUGAAAAGUGAAAUGUCUUCAAAGAAAAAACAAGAAAGUCCAGUUGCCUCUUGAAAAAGCACUUUGGGAUGCCUAAUUCAUGUUCAUUGACUUGUUGACACUAUCUAACUAUCUCAUCCUCUGCCAUCAUCUUCUCCUUUUGCCUUCAGUCUUUCCCAACCUAUUCACAAUUUGAUUCCAGGAAGAAGACACAGUAACAGAGUUAACAGCACUUAUUCUUGUGGGUCUAGGACAAUUUGCUGCAGCCGUCUUGCCAGAUAAUAUUUAUUGUGUUCCAUUAUCCCGCAUGGAAUUGUUCCGUGGUGAGUUGUUCCCAUGGUGUGUUGGCCCAUGGCAAGUUGUCCCGUGGCAAGUAAUAAUAAUCCUAUAUUAGAAAAUAAUAAUAAUGUAAUAAUCCUACAUUAGAAAACCUAAAUUGCAUAUCUGAUAGUACACAAACCAUGGAUACAACUAUAAAAUCUCAACAAAAUAUCACUGACUCUAUUCAAGCUAACUUAGAAAAAACUAUCAUUAACUCCAUUCAAACAAACUUUAAAAAAGAUUACUAGCAUAUUUUGAAACACGUUUCACAAGUCUUGAAAAAAAAUUACAGCACAAAUAAACGGAAACGCAACUGAUCAAAAACAUUUCCCAAUCCAACAAACAUUGCCUUUUACAUAAAUUAAACCACAAACAUCUACCAAUCAACCAAACAAUGUAGCAAUACUAGUAAAAGAUACAAGAGAGAACAAAAGCGUCAAAAUGCUAUAUUAUUUGGACUAGAUACUACAAAUGAACCAGAUAUUGAUAAAAUACGUAACAUCAUUUCAAAUUACAAAUUAUCAAUCUUCAACCCUAAUGAAAUAACCGAAGUCUCCAGAGAUGGACCCAAAUUCAAAAACAGUGAUGGUUCAGUGGUGCCUAAAUUCUGUAGAGUCAUCUGCAAAAAUGAAACCAGCAAACAAAAUUUCAUCUAUACUAUAAACACAAUUGCCAGAAACAACCUCAGCCUCAACAAACUUAGAGCUAGACCUGACCUAUCAUUCCUACAACAUAUUAGAUCCCGUGAACUUCGUUCAAAACUCAAACGAUGGCAAGAAGAAGGUGAAACCAACCUUUACAUUGAUUACCAUGCUGACUGCAUAAAAAGAAAAACCUAUAAUCAAAUAGUCAUCACUCAACCACACUUCAAUCAAAGCAUCCAACCAUCCAUCCAUCAAGGCAUCCAUCCAUCCGUUCAAUUAACUGUCGAUCAACCAACCAAACUUCAAUCAACUGUCGAUCAACCAACCAACCUCCAACUACCCCUACAAAGCUUCCAACCAUCCAAUGAUCAACCACUCAUUGCUCAACCAACCUUCCUCCAACCACCUGUUAUACAUAACCCUCAAUCAACGAUCAAUCAAAACUAGGUAUGCACGCCCCUUACCUCUUCAACACCAAACACUGCAGGUCUUAAAUGUAAAUUAAUAAAUGCAAGAAGUAUUGUAAACAAAUUGCCUGAAUUUAUCCUCUUGUUAAACAAUGGUACAUUUGAUAUUAUAUUUGUUUGUGAAACAGGGCUGAACUCAUCCCUCCCUGACUCCAUUAUUUCAAACAAAGAGUAUCAAGUCUUUUGAUUAGAUCGUGAAAACCGCAGAGGUGGUGGAGUAACUAUCUUUUACAAAAAAUCACUGAACCUAAAAAAUAUUCAGGUUGCACAUAAACUUUCUCUUCCUGAAACUAUUGUAUGCGACCUGUCCCUUAACACCACACUUCAAUUCUUACUAUGCUACAGAGCCCCUGACUACGACAUCGCUCAUGCAAAUAUGUUAACCAAACUGCUAACAUGGGCUACCUCUUGCCCAUAUCUUCUCAUCUUCCUGGGCAACCUAAAUCUAUCUUUUAUUAACUGGAUAACAAAUGAAUGUACAACUGAACCAAUCCAUACUACACUAUACAACGCUGUUACAAACCUAGGUUUUGAACAACUAGUAACUAACAAUACAAGACUCAACAACUGCCUCGACCUCAUCUUUUGCAAUAACACAAACUCAGUUUAUGGGCUACAAAUAAAAGAACCCUUUUCCAACAGCGACCACUGCAUGAUAGACUUUUGUCUCAAUAUACACCCUCACAUAAAUCGUCAUAAUAAUAGUGCUCCUAACUACAAUUUCAAAAAAGCCAUCUAUGACCUUAUAAACAACAACCUCUCAUCUCUUGACUGGCAAAAUCUGUUCUCAACCUGUAUCAUUGCUGAUGACCACUAUAGAGUUUUUCUACUUGAAAUCAAUAGAAUCAUUAAACUAUACAUACCACAAAUCACCACCAAAAUCAAAAAAAGCAAAUUAUCCAUAUCAAUAAAAAAGCUUCAAUCCAAAAAAAAAUCCCUCUGGAGAAGAAACAAAAAGGGCUAUGUAGCUAAUUUCAAAAAACACUACAGAAAUAUUUGCAACCAAAUAAAAACUGAAUGCACCAUUUACCACACCAAGCAAAAAAAAGACCUUCUGUGCACAAAUUCCAAUCAUGCUUUUUAUAAUUUUGUGAACAAUAAACUUAAAGAAUCAAGAUCCAUCCCACCACUAAAAGAAUCUAACGGCAAAGAGUGUAAUGUGAACCGCUUCAAUCUUGAUUGCAGAAAAUAUGACUUCUGCAACAAACUUGGAACACACUACCUGACUCUGUGGUCUCUUCUCAAAAUCCCCAAAGCUUUAACCAAAAACUGCCUACUAUUGACCUCACCCCAUUCCUAAGAGGACUAUAAGGGGCAUGCAUAAGAGCACAAAAGUGCCUACCGUUCCUGUGCUAUUGUUUCCUUUCAUUAUAUCAAAUUAAUAUAGUUAUUGCAUACUUUUGCUCAUAUAUAUGCUUAUAUGAUAUGUAGUUAUUUUAUGUUGAUGCUUGUGUAUAUUGUGACAAAAUUAAAAAAAAGUUGGCCACAGCAAGAUAGCCAUGGCAAAACUGCUUUGCUGGGUUAGCUGUAGCAAGUUGGCUGUGGCAAGAUGGUCAUGGCGAGUUGUCCCAUUCUGUAUUCUAGCACUCUAAAAUUUCUAGUAAACAUGAUCUCCCACACGAAAGCUGCUACUUUCCUCUCUUUCUUCUUAUGCAGCCUUCAAAUAAUUGGUUGGGUUUUUUUACUUUGUGUAAUGAGAGGGAAAAUAUAUAGUGAAUACCACACUAGUUUCACUCAGUGAGAUUAUUUUCAAGUUGGAUAUAGUUGCUUGGGCAUGUAAUCCACAAAGACCACCAAAUGAUUUAAUGCCUGAUCAAGAAAUUUUCAAAUUGGGGAGAGGUUGAUUCUUUUUAACAAUGUGUUGAUGUUACAAAGAAAUAAAAUCUUUUUUUCCCCUCUCACAUCCACCAUUCAUGCUUUUUGUGAACUUUAAACUCCAAACAUGUAUUUAAGGUCUGUGUGCAGUGCUUCCAAGCUCUUUAAGAAAUCACAUUCGUGGUCAGUUCUAAACACAGGGAGUAGAAUUUCAGAAUAGUAAAAACUACAAUCCAGAACUUAAAGGGCAACACUGACCCCUGUAUUGCAACUGGGAAUUUGGAUUAAUGUGUUCCUAAAAAGCUGUUCAUCAUGAGUAAUUCCAGGCUAAAAGAACUGGGUGUACUCCAUACAUAAAUAUAUGUGUGCCACAUUUAGGCUUUGAAAAUCUAUAUGCAGACUUCUUGGGAACAUUGCAAACAACAUGACUUUUCUAGAAGGGAAAGAGCAAAUAAUUUUCUUAACUCUCAGAAAAUGUUCCUAUAUCAGGGAGAAAAAUGUUUCAAACCAGCAACUAAUUAAGAACAGAUAUCAUGUCAAAUUAAGCUGAUAUGACAACUAGAGAGGUAUUUGUUUUACUAUAUGUCCUACCCAGGAGAUCACACAUCAUAUUUCCCAGAUACAUGUUGAAGGAAUUGUCCUUCCUCUCCUAUUUUGCUUCUUUCCUCUUUUCCUUAUGUGGGGCCAUAGCAGCACUCAGAGACUUUCACCUUAGAAAGAUUAGAGAUGAUUAGAGUCUAUUAUAUUCCUAUUAUUUCAAUGAUUGGAGCCUGUCUCUCCCUCCCUCUGGUAUUAGCAUAACAUCCUAGACGUUGUAAUCGUAAACUGUCUAUUUGUACUUUAUUCUAUAGGAGGAAUUUGUACUUAAUCCUAUAGGAGUUUGUGGGGAGUCUCUCUCUCUCUCACACACACACACACACACACACACAGAGAGAGAGAGAGAGAGAGAGAGAGAGAGAGAGAGAGAGAGAGAGAGAGAGUUGCAUCCUUUCUGUUCGGAAGCAUUUGUUCUUUGUGACAGCUUUAUUGUAAGUGUUGAGGGCAAAACAGCAUAUCCUGUGGUAUAAUUUGGACAGGAAGAUAUAUCACUCUAUUUUCCCAUUCAUUUUGUUUCACAGCUGUCUAGAAAAUUAUUCCAUAGAGAGAAUGAAGCCAAGCUAGCCCUACAACCCCUGUGCUCUGCCACAUUCCCUCUCCUCCUGCAUGGGAAUGAUCCUGCACAAAGUCACCCCUCCCAUCAUCCUCUGGAGACCGACUGCAAACACCUGGCAGCUAUUCCAGGGAAUGAGUCUAUGGUGCACAGGCAUCCAAGCUGAACCUUAUUUUAAGGAUUCCCAAGGGCCCUUCAUUCAAUAAUCUAUGCAAGUUUUAUGAGAGCUAGAUUAUUGGGAUUGUCAAAGAAGAGGAUUGGUAAUGCUUCCAAAGACAGU